AUUAUUAUUUAUGACGUAUGCUGCACAAAACCCGAAAACCAAACCCAAACAAUAAUAUAAGAACAGAAAACCGACCCAGAUGGGUAAAAAAUUGCAUAAAAACACAACCCAUCACCCAAAGCCAACCCUUUCUCACCUUUUUCUUUCUCUCACUGUAAUUCUCUCUCGCUGAAUCUUCAGUCUUUGUGGCUCUCUUUCUCUCGCUCUAUAAUUGUAUCUAUUUUCUGUAUCGCUAUUUUAUCGUAUCCAAUUUUUUCUCGAUCCAAUCAUCAUCUGCAAUCAUGAGUGACGGAGGAGAGAAGACUUGCCCCCUAUGCGCUGAGGAGAUGGAUUUGACUGAUCAGCAGCUGAAGCCUUGCAAGUGUGGCUACGAGAUUUGUGUUUGGUGCUGGCAUCAUAUUAUGGAUAUGGCUGAGAAAGAUGAGACAGAAGGGCGUUGUCCAGCAUGUCGUACUCCCUAUAAUAAGGAAAAGAUUGUUGGAACAGCUUCGAGUUGUGAAAGGCUUGUUUCUGAGAUGAAUGUGGAGAAAAAGAUUAAGUCACAGAAGGGGAAGAGCAAAAUCUCAGAAGGAAGGAAGCAACUUGCUAGUGUACGAGUUAUCCAGAGGAAUCUCGUUUAUGUUGUGGGCUUGCCGCUUAGUUUGGCAGAUGAAGAUAUUCUUCAGUACAAAGAAUAUUUUGGUCAGUACGGAAAGGUGCUGAAGGUUUCUAUCUCCCGGACAGCAGCUGGUACUAUACAACAGUUUGCAAAUAGCACAUGCAGUGUAUAUAUCACAUAUUCAAAGGAGGAAGAAGCUGUUCGAUGUAUCCAGUCAGUACAUGGAUUUGUUUUGGAUGCUAGACCCCUGAGGGCAUGCUUCGGCACUACUAAAUACUGCCAUGCGUGGCUGAGAAGCGCGCCUUGCACCAACGUCGAUUGUCUAUAUUUGCACGAGAUUGGUUCACAUGAGGACAGUUUUACUAAGGACGAAAUAGUAUCUGCUUACACAAGGGUUCAGCAAAUUACUGGUCCCUCAAAUGGUACACAACGGCGUUCAGGAAAUGUGUUACCUCCACCAGUCGACGAGUAUAUCAAUAACACACCUGCUUCAUCUGGGAAGCUUAUAAGUAAACCUGCUGUAAAUACAAAUCAGAACUCAACAAUCAGUGCUAGAGUUUCUCCACCAAACAGCAGCUCUGGUAGAUCUGCUGCUCUCCCCCCUGGAGCGUCAUGGGGAACUCGUGCUUCAAAUAACCAGUCUUCGCUUACAAGUGUAGAAUGUUCUAAUGGACCCCUUAAACAGAAAACAGAUAUGUGUAAUGAGACAGUGGCAUGCUCAACUGCAAGCGCAAGCCAAAGUCAGAUUUCCUCAUUUGCCAGUAAUACCAGAAAAGAAUUGGCCCCUAAUGAAGAAAACAUUAGUUCUCAAGAUAAAAGUUUAGCAGAAGCUUCGGGACCAUCCGAAGAGAAAUCAAAGACAGAAAGUAGAGUUAUUGUUUCCGAGAGCUCCUCCGCAUCUGUACAUCCUGCCAACUUGCUCGUAAAUACAGAGUCCCAUGGCCUAUCAACAACCAAGCUGCUAUCAAGAACCAAUCUGUUACCUAAUAGUAAUAAUACUACUGUUGACUCUUCAUUAACUUCUGGUCGACUUAUUUCAGACACACAAUCUACUGAUGCCAAAGAUAGAAACAUGGAGAAUGUAUGCUCUGAUUUUUUAUCAAUGAGCAUUCAUGAAAACCAUGUUUUAGAAAACGGCCAUGUCCAGUACACUAGAGAACCGGCUACUUCUCAAAUGUCUGGAAGAGGAGCUGCAAAUACAAGUGAGCAGCUCGAUUUCAAAGAUGUCAAGUCUGAUCUUGGACUGGGAAUGCCAAGUGAAGCAACAAAAGUCGAUUUGCGUGAAAUAGAAGACGAAUUAUUGUCUUUUGAUAACCAAAGACUAAAGGAUCCUGAGGUUCCUAUCAACAGAGUACUAGAUUUUCCUCUGUCUCAUCUGUCAAAUCAUUCUAGUACCUAUUCUCAGUAUAGUAAUGCUAAUGGUUUGACAAGUUUUGAUGUGGAUAAUCAGGCCAUGGAUAGACACAGAAAUUUGGCAGGUUCUACUUCAUAUUUUCCUCAUGCAUAUCAUGAGAAUAUACUCAGGAAUCCUGAGGUUAAUGAUAUUGAAUAUUCUAGUUUGUUUCCUGGUAAGGAUAAAAGGUCACUGCUGGGGAGAUAUGAAGGUGAAGUAGCUAGGGGGGCUUCUGAUAUGGGAGAGAGCAGUAUAAUAUCUAAUAUGUUAUCGAUUGGCUUUGAUAGAUGGGAUGAGUCAUUAACUUCACCUCAGAACUUGGCUAAGUUGUUAGGUGAAACUGAUAAACGGCAAGAAUCUUUUGGGAUACCAAUUUCACGGAAAAUCCAUAAUAGCAAUCAGUCAAGGUUUUCGUUUGCUAGAGAGGAGCCCAUUAGCCAAACAUCUGAUUUUGGACAAUUUUUUGAUCGCUUUGAAGAAGGCUUUAAGCAGCCUUCUUUUGGUCAUGAUUUCUCUAACAGUAACUUGCGUCAUGAAACGUUAGCCAGUCGCAAUGGUUUUCCUGUUUUCAAUGGCAUGGAAUCAGAGAUGUUUGCUGGCAAUCAUUCUUUUGCAUCUUCUAACAGAAGUUCUGGUUCAAGAUCUCAAAUAUCAGCCCCUCCAGGAUUUUCUGUGCCUAGCAGGGCACCUCCACCAGGCUUUAUUUCUCAUGAAAGGACAGAUCAAAUACUGGACUCAGUCCCUGGGAACCAAAUGUUUGAUUCUUCACCUUUUUCAAGAAAUCUUUACCACACACUAUCAGGUGGUAAUAACACCAUUAGUGACGGUGAUAUCGAGUUUAUGGAUCCUGCAAUUUUGGCAGUAGGCAAAGGCACAGUUCCAGCUGGCAUCAACUACUCCGGCGUAGACUUGAGGUCAAAUUUUUCUUCACAGCAGAAUUCAUACGAAGGGGCGAGAUUCCAAUCGUUUUUGCAAAGAUCGCUUCCUCCACAUCAGAAUCAAAGAUACGCUGAUAUGGGGGAUAGUUUUUCUCCCCAUGGUGAUGCUUAUGGAGUUCCUUCUAGAGCUGUGGAGCAAACACUAGCCAAUAAUCUCUCUCCAUAUUCUCAGUUCAACCAUCCUCAGUCUAGAAAUGGUAUAACUUCUAACGGCCAAUGGGAUAGCUGGAAUGAGGUACAAGGUGGGAAUAACUUGGGUAUGGCAGAACUACUCAGGAAUGAGAGAUUGGGGUACAAUAAUAAUAAUAGCAUUAAUAAUAAUAAUAAUAAUAAAUUCUACAAUGGUUAUGAAGAUUCCAAAAUGCGAAUGCCUAGUUCCGGCAAUAUAUACAAUGGGGCUUACGGGAUUUAAUUGGACUUCUUAUUUGGGGUUGUUUGAUUUCUUGUGUGUCGGACUUUGACGAACCUGCGUUAGGGUUUCGAAGAUUGGCACAUAGAUGAAUGACCGAAUAAGUGGCUGUUGUAUUGAAUUAUUCACUUGUGAGAGUGGGCCUAUGAAGUCUGUAAAAUGUUCCCGUUUAAAGGAGACAAGAGUGAGUCGGAGAUUAGUCUGACGAGGGCUGCUUUCAGGUUGGUGAAGGAUCGAACCUUCUCAAAUGGGGAGUCUGGAAACCAACAGGUGAAAGGAGCUUGAGAAUGAGGCUUGAUUCGAUUGUUACACAAGAAAAUAUUAUACUUUUCGUUUAAAUGGGAGGCUUUAAAAGAACCGCCGACUACUUUAAUUUUCCGUCCACUGAUUCCUGGUCGGUGUUUUAUUAUUUUCUUUUCUUUUCUUUUUUCGAUUUUUCGGGUUUGGUGGGGUACAAAAUUGUGAAAAUAACUACAUUUGAAAUAAAAGAAGUGGGUUCAAUUAA